CUACUGUAUUUAUAUUUGUUAAAGAUAGUGAUUUCUGUUCCAGGUGUAUCAUUACAAAAAAAAUGGAAGAACAUCCGUGAUGCUUAUAAUAAGGAAUUCAAGAAAGGCAAAUCAAUUCCUUCUGGUUCUGGUGCAUGUAAAGGUUCAAAAUACAUGUAUUUCGACCGGCUUUCUUUUCUUCAGAAGACGAUAGAAAACAAAGAAACUAUCACAAACAUAGAUGAAGCCAAAAAUGAAGAAAUUCGGAACAUUGACCAAAAGCUAGAUAAUUUUGUAAAUGCACGUGAAAUACAACCGGUACCCAAUAAAAGGAAGAAAACUAAAAUUACUUCAGAAGAGCGAUUGGCUGACAUAUUAGAAAAUAGUAUUGAAUCAAGAGAUAAAAUACAAAGACAAAUACAAGAAAGUAUGUCAAAGCAAGAUGAUGAUGAUAAACUUUUUUGCAUGUCAUUGUAUAAAGAGUUAAAGAAAGUUCCAGAAAAUAAACGAUUGGCUACUAAAAUUGAAUUGCUCCAGGUAAUACAGAAAGGGCAGAAAUUACCAUCGCCUAUUCAUAUCACGAGCCAGCAAAACACGCCUAAUGCAGUAUUUUGGCAAAACCAACAAUAUUCAAACCCACAAGGAUAUUUCACUGGAUAUUCUACAAUAGUACCAGGAGAGUCUCCAUCGCCUUUAUCAUGCAAUAGCACUGACGAUUCACAGUCUUCUAUAGUACAAAAUAUAUAUUCUGACGUAUAAAUUAAAUA